GGAGGUCGUUCUGCCACCGACAUGAACGGCGGAGAGAAUGCCUCUCGACGCAAGGUGGCACCCCCGCGGCCUGCUCUCAUAACCCCGUCCGCCUCGCCUCCCCCUAGCUCGCGUCCACUCUCGCUGGGCUGGUCCAACAUCUCCGCAGAUCGGCCACCACCCACAAAGCGACGACGACUCGGCUCGACGCCCUCUAGUCCCUUUUCUGUCUCUACCCCUACCUCGUCUAGUGUGGGCCCUAGCGAUGACAUACACGAAAGCAGAAAAGCGGCUUCGCAGCGUCUGCUGAAUACUUGGGCUGGUCUGGCGGAGCGGUACAACCGUCCGCUCGACGAAGACGAUAUCAUCGACUUGCGCGAUGGGAGCAUCAUCAAGGACCGCGGUGUGCUUCGCAAAGUGGCGAAGAAGUUUGAGAUGGGCUGCUUCGCAGGCGACGACGUUCCCUCCGACACGAACGACGCGAGCAGCGACUAUGGCGGGGUACACACGGACGACGACGUGGACGAGUUGGACGCGUUCGCACCGGGUGCUGAUAUCUCAGGUGAGCUGGAGCUCGAGAGGGAGAAGCGUCAGGUACCUCCGGUGCAGGCGAGGAACCCUGCAGACGCGGAAGAUCUGCGCGAGUUCUUGGAAGCGGAACGACUCCGGAGGGAGCAGUACGGCGAAGAGGAGGACGAGGACGAGGUCAUUCAGCUGAUGUCUCUUGAACGCACUCCUAGUUCACGUAGCAGCUCGGAAUGGCGGGAUUCGUCCGUUCGUGAUGAGCCAGAACUCGAGGAUAAUGACAGUAGGGUCUCCGAAGACGAGAAGGACGACCUUCACGACGUACCCAAACGACCUCCGUCGCCGCCGUCUACUAGGACACUCGCAGAGGACGACGAGUCCGAGGAUGAGUUCGCCACCUGGGACUUUGACACCACUACCCCCGUUCAACCUGCGAAGCCACCACCGCGACCACCGCGACCUCGUACACCUGACGAUGUGAUCGACCUCACCGAUUCGCCUGAAUCUUCUCCGUCGCGUGCUCCAGCCUCCCGUGGACGUUCCAGAGUGCCCGCUCCUUUGGCGAGCAAGCAGACCGAGCCUGCGCGAGCGAAGAGUGUACCAAGAGGGAGGUCAAGAACUCGUGCCACGCCGAACACCUCCGUUGGUUCAACGAAGGCUCACACCCCCGCAAAGGCUCCUGCUCAGUCGAAGACCGCUGCUCGUAGGAAUGGCAGUAUGCCCCCGCCUCCUGUGCCCCAGCGCGCCAUUGAGCAACUUGUUACUCCCCCGCCAUCCUCCUCCUCAGCCAUCGACAGCACGCCAGAAAGUACUGUCGCCUACACUACAAAGAGCCCUACCCCUUCUCCCUCUCCCUCGCCGCCUCCACCGCCUAAAACAAGGCCUCAACCUCGACCCCGAUAUAAAGGCGCUUUGUUAGCGUCUGGAGGCACAGUCCCCAAGAGUUCUCAGGCCUCACCCAGUGUGCAAAAUGUGGAGGCUGUCACCCCGAAGGCCCCCAGGUUCAAGCUCGUACCAGAAGUAGUGAUCACCUCGCGACCGCGUUCCGUAAAGUUUCCCUCACGAGCUCCCUCUCCACCACCCGAUACACAAGAACACACGGCUGACGCAGGUGGAUCGCACGUUCGGGCUGAAGUGUCCCGGAAGGGUAAGGCCAAAGAGACGAGCGAUCCUCGUCAGAACAUCGCGAACGAGACCGAUCGUAGGCACACGCAAUCAUCGACGAAAUCUGCGAGUCUACCCAAUGUACCGAUCACGAAAAGGGCCGUUACCCUCGAUGCUAAUCAAGAGGAAUCUGACUCCGAGGUCCCAUCACCGCCUCCGCUACCGAAGGUGCGCAAGCGAAAGCGUGUUUUGUCGUCAUUGUCUCUAUCAGAGACGUCCGACAAAGACGAUCCCUUUCCGAUGGUCACACCGAUCGUACCCUCUCGACCACGACUCCAGGAUGGACCCGGGCCGUCGUCACGCCGUCGUACACCAAAGCCGGUGCGUAAGCCAUCGCCACGGAUUGACGACGACGAUAGCGACGAUGCUGCACUGGAACCCCCGCCGCCUCCGCCGCCACCACGCGCCCGUACACCGCAUAGGCCUCUGCCACAGACGACCGGGUACUAUGGAGCCCCUCCACCAUUAUCCCACACACCCCGACAUCACGACUCUUACGCUCCGUAUUCGCCUGCUGGUGGUCAUGACCCUGAAGCACAGAUGAGGUUCGCGCAGGCAGCGCAUUAUUUAUCAUAUAUUAUGAGCGCGGCGGCAAGUCUGCCGCCUCCAACCGGAUACCCGCCCUUACCCUUCCCGAGCCAGGCGCCGCCAUGGCCACCAUGGACCCCGGCCCACCGAUCACAUCGAACGCCGCGGGAUCGACGGUCAGACACAUCGUCGCCAGGCGCGGGCCCGUCAGGGUCGGCGUCAUACCACACUCCGUCACAUCCACACCCGUACCCGUUCACCUUUGACCCGUCCUACUCGAGCGCCUCACUGCCGCCUUCGUCGCCUCCUGCGUCGUCGGAACCGUCGUCUCCGAUGGAGCGCUCGUCAUCGCUUGCGAGAGGCCGCAGCAAGUCGCGAGGCAGGCGAGUGUCCUUCAAGCUCAACGGCGACGAGAGACCUGUCCUUCCGUCUCCUCCCCGCGCCAGUAACGACGACGAGGAGUCGGACGGCGAGAGGACGGUCGCGUCUCGCAGGAGCCAGGGCCGUGACACUGCGACGAAUGAUCGGCCCACGGUCGCUCGGAAAGCGAAGAGCGGGGUGUCCGGCCGUGCAAACACACCAGCUGUGAGGGCCGAUAAAGGGAAGACGAGAGCUGACCCUGUGGAGGACUCCGAGGAUCCCGAUAGCGACCGCGGCCGGAGAGAGCGCGGUCGCACGCCCGGCCCUCCCCCGCACCGAGGGCGAAGCGCAGCGGGACGUGCCGCUGGGAGAAAGACGUGAGGGUGUGUAUGUCGCUCGUGGAUGCGCGCAGUGGUCGCGGCCUGGUAUGGCGAGUAUGUGUUUGAUGGGUAGUUUAGUGUAGACUGCAGUGUACUACGAUCACACAGCGGGGGAUCGAGGGAGAAUGAAUGACAUUGAUCGGCUGUGCGCGGAUGGUCGAGAUAGGC